CGUACUCGGGCCUCCGUAGUGACGUCAUUUUCAAGGGACUCGCUAAUGUUUUGUUCCGAUUAGCUGAUGUCUCCGUUACUCGUUAAACUUGGGUGAAUCACGCUUAUUAGUAGGAUAUAUCGUUAACUUAUUCUGAGGACUUUUUUUGUAUCGACGCCCGAGUGUAAAAUAUGCCAGUCCAACUACAACCCCGAAGUAAGACAUGCUAGCUAGCUAACAGCGCUUGUUGGUAACCAGCGCCUCUGAGCUGCUCUGUCCUCUCUGCGGUCUGUGUUACUUCUGCCUACUUUCAACUAGUUAGUCAGGUCCUGUCCUUGUACUGUUUGUGGCCGAGUCUUAGCAGUAAACCCAUGUUUGUCCGACCCUUGAGUACAGUGGGCUCUGCUCCAGGUGUUGCUGCUGCUUGGAAACAGUGGUACUGGAGAAGUACAUUUCCAUUCAUCAUCACCAGAAACCCCUUCACUUCCCAAAGACCCCCCUUUCCCUUCACCUGGACUGAGUUGCACAGGAGUGAUCACCCAAGACACCUCCAUCUGUCUCCUGUCCUGAUGAAGCACCCUGACACAGAGCCUCCUGUUAAAAGGAGAAAGAGCUCGGAGUGUGAGCACUCGGGUGAAGGUGCACAGCCCAGCCCUAAACGCUCAGCUUCAGGAGAGAGACGAGAACCCAGUCCUGCAUGGCUGCGCAACAUCACAGAUGCACCGCUUCCUUCUGGGAAACCUUCCCCAAGCCUGGAUAGUACAAGGAUUAAAACAGAGUUAAAGAGGCAGUGGGAAGAGCUUACUGAGAGCUGUGCAAGCACAAGUUUUGGAACCUUCGAGUUCUCAGUGAUGUCCUACAAUAUUCUCUCUCAAGAACUACUUCUCAGCAAUGCUUACCUUUACAAACACUGUAACCCUCAUGUGUUAGAGUGGCGCCAUCGAUUCACCAACCUCAUCAAUGAGCUGGAGCAACACGCCGCAGAUAUAAUGUGUCUUCAGGAGGUGCAAGAGGAUCAUUAUCGCAAGCAGAUCAAACCCAGUCUAGAACAACUAGGCUACCACUGUGAGUACAAACGCCGGACUGGCCACAAGCUUGAUGGCUGUAUGGUAGGUUUUAAGAAAUCUCGCUUCACACUCUUCUCCUCUCACCCUGUGGAGUUUUUCCGCCAAGGAAUCCCGAUCCUAGACCGGGAUAAUGUGGGACUGAUUGUGGUGCUGAAGCCCUUGGGGGCGUCAGGCUCCGAAUGCAACGUCUGCGUGGUCACCACUCACCUGCUGUACAACCCACGGCGUGGUGACAUCAAGCUAGCACAGCUGUCAUUACUGCUAGCUGAGAUCAGUCGCGUAGCACAGCAGGACGACGGUACGACCUGCCCGAUACUGCUGUGUGGGGACUUUAACUCAGUGCCCACGAGUCCCCUCUACGCCUUUAUUACAGACAGCAAGCUUGAGUACGCAGGCAUGCCCAUCGGGAAGGUAUCAGGACAGGAAGAAAGCCCUCGAGGGCAGAGACUCCUCACAUCACCCCUUUGGCCCCCCAGCCUCGGCAUCUCCCCGCUGUGCCAGUAUGAAGGCCAAACUAACGAACCUGAUGUAAAGGAAUCACAGCAAAGUGGUUCAAAAAAAGGCUUGAACAAACCUAGCAUUGAACAUGGUUUUAAGCUGACCUCGGUGUACUCUCACUACCUAAAAGAGAGCGGUCAUCGUGAAAUCACCACCUACCACUCACGCACGGCCAUUACUGUCGAUUACAUCUUCUAUUCACCAGCGCAGAGGGAAGAGUCAGGCUGGGCAGAAUGCAGCGCUGCACCACAGCGAGGCCUACAGCUGCUCUCCAGGUUGACCCUGGUCAGUGAAGCCGAGCUGAGAGAAGUGAAAGGCCUGCCCAAUCAGUGCCACUCAUCUGACCACCUCCCUCUCGUUGCCCGGUUCCGUCUGCACUCCUGAGCUGCUCGUCUGUCUGAUGUUGUGUCGAAUUUGUAUAUUGAGUUUCAGGAUUUACACAUUAACCUAAAAGUGAUUGUUCAGUUGUUUUAGGCUUGAUGAUGAUUAGAUCUCUGGAACGUUGUUAUUCCUGCGGUUUCUAAGUGAAGUUGAUCGUUUUAUGUGCAUCAUCCAUGAUGAUGUGCAAACUGCGAUGAGUUUACAAAACGGGUUCUACACCAGCAAAACUGGAUUCCUUUACCCUCACCUGCAUUGCAUGAUGUAUAGAUUUGUUCUUAAUUGGGAUUUUUAAGACUGCCAUGUACUCAUCUGAUUUUAUUGAAGUUUUACUUUUAAUUUAUUAAGCAUGAAGUCCAAGCUCGUUUCUUAUGUUUUGUUUUUGGAGCACUGCUGAAUACCAUCCUGGAUCUUCGAAUUGUCUAUAAGGGUAAAUACUCAAGACUUUAUUUUACACAUUUAUUUAAUGAAACUCCGCAGAACACGAAUCGUGUGAAAGGGACCUCACCACAUUCGAUGUAAAUAAAGUGCUUUAAAGUUAUACAUAAUCAGCUUAAACUGUAUGUAGUCUCAGUUUUCAUGCUUCUUUGCAGACUAAUGUUUUUCUGCCAGAUAUGCCCCAGAACCUCACAAUGGUAAUAAAAUUGAUGAUAACACA